CAGACGGAAGCUUCCUAGAAACAACCGUCGCUAGAAAAUUGCAAAUCCGGUGGUUAAACUCCAAACUAGACUCAACGUACCACGUUAUGCCCACUGGUCCACUUCAAAUCAAACAAGAAAGCUUUUGGGUGUCUACCCACCUUCAAGACUUCAGAAUUUUCUUAAGUUCAUAUAGUUCAUGGGUGGCAGAAGUUCAAAAAGGGCUACCACGGGUAGGUAUUCAUCUGUUGGGUCUAGUUCAUAUUCAUGGGGUCAACAUGGAUACCCACAGUCACCAUAUGGUCAACCAAGUCAAGGCUAUGUGCCACCGCCUCCACCUCAAAGCUACGGUGGUCAUGCCCCUGAGUUGAAGAGGAAGCUUGAAAGGAAAUACUCGAGGAUUGAUGAUAACUACACCAGUGUAGAUCAGGUUACUGAUGCCUUGGCGCGUGCUGGUCUUGAAUCUUCGAAUCUGAUUGUUGGAAUUGAUUUCACCAAGAGCAAUGAAUGGACAGGUGCCAGGUCAUUUCACCGAAGAAGUUUGCAUCACAUUGGAGAUGGUCAGAAUCCCUAUGAACAAGCAAUAUCAAUUAUUGGACGAACUUUAUCUAAAUUUGACGAGGAUAACUUGAUACCUUGUUUUGGAUUUGGAGAUGCCUCAACACAUGACCAAGAAGUCUUCAGUUUCCAUCCGGAUGAGAGAUUUUGUGAUGGAUUUGAGGAAGUGUUGAGCCGAUAUAGGGAAUUAGUCCCUCAUCUACGCCUUGCAGGACCAACAUCAUUUGCCCCUAUCAUCGAGAUGGCCAUCACUAUUGUUGAGGAAAGCCGUGGCCAGUACCAUGUUUUACUGAUUAUUGCUGAUGGGCAGGUGACGAGAAGUGUUGAUACUGAGCGUGGCCAGCUUAGCCCACAGGAAAUGAAUACUGUUGAGGCCAUUGUGAAAGCAAGUGAGUACCCCUUAUCAAUUGUUUUAGUGGGGGUUGGAGAUGGACCAUGGGACAUGAUGAGGGAAUUUGAUGAUAACAUCCCUGCUCGAGCCUUUGAUAAUUUCCAGUUUGUAAAUUUUACAGAAAUCAUGUCAAAGAAUAUGGAUAGAUCCAGGAAAGAAGCAGAUUUUGCACUCGCAGCCUUGAUGGAAAUACCUUCUCAGUACAAAGCAACAUUAGAGCUUAACCUAUUAGGUGCACGUCGAGGUAAGGUUAUAGACCGGGUUCCUCUUCCCCCUCCCCGAUACGGUACUGCUUCUUUGGGUACAUCAAAAUUUUCACAAUCUAGUAGUUUCGGUCCUACUGCACCUUCUUCUGAUGGACAUGGUUCAGUUGGCAUGAAUCGACCUGCAACUUCUGCUUCUGAUAGUCAUCUUUGUCCAAUCUGCCUCACCAAUCCAAAGAAUAUGGCAUUUUUUUGUGGACAUCAGACAUGCUGUGAUUGUGGGGAAGACCUUGAAUUAUGCCCCAUUUGCCGAAGUGUCAUCGAAACGAGGAUAAAACUCUACUAAAUGGCAUUUGUUUUUUCAAGGAUAUCACAGAAUUCUGAUCGCAGCUUUGAACUGCAAGUUUCUUGCAUGUGCCCUGAUGACGGCUUUCCUGUUUAAUAUGGCUGGAUUCUUCAUGGAUAACUUGAAACUUGGGGAGUGGGUACUCAUAAGGUCUUGUGCUCUGUACAUAAGCUUUUUUGGUGAUCAAUAUAAGUUUUCUGUAUUAAAAUAUAAGUCUAUCUGAUCUAUCAGCUAGAAAUCUGGGUCUAGGGCAUGACUUUUUAGACACGAAUAUCAUUAGAUAGGAGUUAUUGGACUGCAAUUUCUUUGCUGGGUUACAUUAAUUUGAGAUCUAAGUCAUCACUUCUUGAUAAUGACAACCUACUGGUGAGGAUUUGUAUGGUAAGUGGUUGAAAUGUAUGCAUCAAUUGAGUUCUAUUAUAUG